UAAAAGAGAAUUCAAUUAAUUAAGUAGUUCUUAGAGAGAUGGCUAAGGCAAAUUACAACAAAAGAGCUAUGAUUCUCAACUUGGUUUUAAUGCUCUCUCUUUUUCUUGUCAUCUCCAUGGCUGAGAGCAGAAAAGCUAAUGGGGCUCGCGUCUUGAAAGCAAGGAAGCCUAGAUGCAGCCUAGAAUGCGAAUCAGUGUUCGGUGUUGAAAGCGGAGACACUUGCUUUGGGAUUGCACAGCUAUUCAACCUGACCACCGAGGUUUUCGAUUCGAUCAACCCUAAUCUUAACUGCGAGGCUCUCUUCGUUGGCCAGUGGCUCUGUGUUGCCGGCUCACCCUGCUAAUGAAUCAACUGCGCUGAUCAUGAAUGCUUCCUCGAUUACUUUAGAUUAAUAAGCAUCGACCGCCAAACUACUUGAUGCAUCGAUAAUGAAUAAGAUA